UCUUAGGUUUCUCACCCGGACAAUCAGUCAUGUCCUUAUAUAAUUGCUUAUAUGAUAUCUAACAUACAUGAACUUCGAAAAUAUUACCACAGCAGUGUUUGAUUAUUUUCCAGAAUUCCCACGAUGAGUUUAAAGGCAGAGCUACAAUGGGAUACCAUAAAGCAAGAGAUUAAGGAUGAUGGAGAGGGCGAAAAUAUUUUCCCAGAAUCAACUGAAUAUCCUUUAUAUUAUAAUGGUGAACAUGUGUCAUCAAAACAGGAAAGCCAUAUAUAUGUCAAGCAAGAUGAUUUCAAAGAAGAAUCAUUAAUGAAUGACAUAUCUUCCCACAAGCCAUCUGAAUGUAAUGGUGAGGGACAAGAUGAUUUCAAAGAAAACUCAUUAAUGAAUGACGUAUCUUCCCACGAGCCAUCUGAAUGUAUUGGUGAGGGACAAGAUGACACUCCUAAGCAAUGUGAUGAAUCAUCCAUACAUGAUGAUGCAUCUAUAAAGCAAUAUACUUUCCUUGACGAUUUAUCUAAAAGUGACCAUUUUGUUUGUAUUAAGGAGGAAUUGAACAGCCUCGAUGAUCCAAUCAAGGACCAAGAUAUAUGUCUUCCAUUUGAUACAUGCAUCAAACAAGAACCUCUGUUAGAUGAUUAUCAAAACAUGGAUCCAGAAAACGCAUGUAAUAUUGCACCUAUUCAAUCAUCAGAUUGUGAACUGAGUCCCAGUCUUGAGGGAUGUACUGAAAACAACAAGGAUCUACAUGCAAAUCUGAAUCAUAAUGACUAUCAUAGAAGAAAUGAUUUUUAUGGUAGCAACACUGUAAAGUAUGAGCAAAAUGAAAAUGGAAAGUCAAGCGCUGAUAUGGUAGCAGGUGAUGAUGGAUGUAUCGAGGUUGAAGACUGCAUGCUAGAAUAUGGUAAAGAUACGUCAAACAUCAAACAAGAGAUUGGGGCAGGUCCACAACAUGAUUUCUCUGAAGGAACACAUCAAAAGCCAAGUUUGAUUGAAUUAGCCCAAUCAGACUCAGAGACACCAAUUACAGAGAAAACUCCAACUGAAUGUAAAAUCUGCAAUAAAUCUUUCAAAGAUCUGAAAUCACAUAAAUUAUACAAACAUAGCGGGGGCAAAGUGAGGAGAUUCACUUGUAAAUCAUGUCCAAAAUCUUUUUUAUAUUUAAACAAACUAGAACUUCAUCAGAGGAUCCAUACUGGACUUAGAUUAUUCAAGUGUAAAUAUUGUGAAAAAGAAUUUACUCAUAAGGGUACUUUAUACUGGCAUGAAAUGAUACAUACUGGAACAAAACAAUACAAAUGCACAAUUUGUUCUAAACAAUUUCGAAAAUCAGAAGCUUUGAAAGUUCAUAUGCGAAUUCAUACUGGUGAGAAGCCGUACAAAUGUAAACUAUGUGGGAUGAGGUUUAGAACAAUUGGUGCUUUGCGAUCACAUGAAAUGAGACAUACCAGUGAGAAAAUGUUUAAAUGUGAUGAUUGUUUGAAAUUGUUUAUGACGCCAUAUGAAUUAAGGAGACACCAAUCAAUUCAUUCUCGAGUUAAACCACACAAAUGUCAGUACUGUGAUAAAUAUUUUACAACUCUUCUAACUUUAAAACAGCACAAAAUGAUUCAUACUGGUGAAAAACCAUAUAAGUGUAAAUUCUGUGGUAAAUCCUUCAGACAAUCUAGUGCAUUGAAGGUACAUGUAAGAGUUCACACAGGGGAAAGACCAUAUAAGUGUAAUUUAUGUCUUGAAUGUUUUGGCACAUCAGGUAUCUUAAAGAAACAUCGUUUAAUUCACACUGAAAAACAAUUUAAAUGCAAAUACUGUGAUAAAUCCUUUCGAGAGAAACAUGGAUUAGCACGCCAUGAGCUGUCACAUCUUAGAUGCCUUAGACCGUUUGAAUGUACGAUUUGUUUAAAGAAAUUCACUACAUCUCAUAAUUUGAGAAGGCAUAUCAUAACACAUGCGAAUGAUGAAACAUUCAUUUGUAAAUUUUGUGAGAGAUCUUUUGCUAGCAGUGCUAAUUUAGAAAUGCAUGUAAUGAUACAUACAGGAGAAACGCCAUUCAUUUGCAAGCAAUGUGAAAUAGGCUUCAAAUCUAGAGUUGAAUUGAAAAAGCAUGAUAUGAUUCACUCUAUGAAAAAUCAAUUCGUAAAACAAAAAGAUUCCUCAUCGAAAACAAGUAAAUUUCUUGAAAUGAUUGCCAGUAAUUCUUCUGCUUUAGAAGUUAGCAAAGUGUCUGAGGAAAAAACAUACAAAUGUAAAACUUGUGAUAAGUCCUUUGCAAGACCAUUUGACAUGAGAAUACAUGAAAGGGUUCAUACUUGACUGACGAAGAGCCUGGUGAUUCAUUAACUUUUUUCAAAUACAGGAAAGGGUCCAUACUUGACACACUCAUAGACCAUCUAAUCACUUUUUGAGGCCAUUUGGGUUUUGGUUUUUGACAGCCGACAUCGGCACCUGAACAAUCACGGCAAUGGGCCUGCUAAAUGCAGCCAUGGGCUUUCAACUAGUUGAAAGCCCAUGAUGCAGCUAAGUAACAAUAAAAUAAAUAAUGGUAAAUUAAUGUAGCUGAUGUGUUUUGAGUUUGCUAUAUUCUCUUGUGAAAUUAUUUUCAUAUUUUAUUUGUACCUUAUGAGUUAGUAUGCUGUUUUCUUAUGAAAUUAAUAAAGGUCCAUGUGCAGUAUGGCAGGUGAUUUUAUGGGAUGCGUAUUUUUUCAAUACGCAUCCCAUUUUCAGAAUAAUGUAGAUGAAAAUUUUGAUAUGUUAAAAUUCAGAAAAACAAGAUCCUCUUUUUAUACAAUGAGCCUUACAUUUUUUUAAAAAGUGCAAAGGUUGGGUCCUAAUCCAUAAUUUUUUAGAGAGUUACAAUGAUAUUUUACUAUCACGGGGACUUCACUUGAAAGAAAAUAUAUUUAUUUUUAUUCAGACAUAUGCUUUUAGUACAGCAGCACAUUUAAAUGUGGAACAUUUAAAUUCUAGGUGCGUCUACGUAUAUAAAAUCACAUACUAUUAAACAUUUAAAUAGAAAUUGCUAAAAUCAUACAGUUCUUGGUUUAAAAAUUUUGACUAAAAACUGCAAUUUUAUCAAAACUAGAAUUAAUAUCAUGCCCCCAUUCCACAUUAUCACCAAGCACCGUUGUUAACUUGGUCAUUACUUGAUGCAAGCAGUGUUGCACAAAGAUCACUAGAGCCAUAUGUAUUAACAUUACUACAAAAAACAGAUCUUUCCUUGGUAAAAAAGGGACACAAUAAUAAUCUGUGAUGCAUUGUAUCUUUCACGUCAAGUGUGCAAAAUUUACAUAUUCCAUCACUCUUAUCCCUUAACUCUUAUCUUAUACAUUGUUUUAAUAAAAAACACUGUAUUAAUGGCCAGAAAGUACCCAUUGCUGAAAGAUAUGACCGUCUAAAAUCACUUGCCAUACUGCACAUGGACCUUGGAGGAAUGCCGUUUUAGUUCUAUUUGUACCCAUAUUCCUUAAAUCCUCUAGACCCAUACAGCAUGUUUUUGUGCCUAAACAGCUGAAUAUAUUAACUUUUCUAAUUAUCAAAAUGAUUUGAGGUUGUGUUAGCUAAUGUUGUAUAGUCACGCCUGCUGAUCGGAAGAUUGAACGGAGGGGGAGUAGCUGAUUUUCACCAGAAAAUUCAACAAAUCUGGAAGAUUUCGCUAAUUCUUCUUGGAUUUUUUGAACUGAUGGACUUCUAAUAUAUAAGAUUUAUUGAGAAAGGCGCAGCGUCACCAACGGACAAAUGUCAACGUUUUUGCUAUAAAUCAAGCAACAACGGUCUACACGACCUGUAAUAAAUACUUAUAAGGGACGUUAUUAUCACAAAAUUAAUCUCAUAGCUGGGUUUUUUU